AUGUCACAUAUGAUCGAAAAUUUUGAUUCAGUUGAUUUUGAGAAUAAAAUUAUUGAAAUUCGACAUAAGGCAGGAGUUAACGAUAAAACUGCAAGAACCCAAAUAUACAAAGAAAUGCAAUAUACAUCUAUAUCUUGGAUAAAUGCAUCAAAUAAAAUGAAAUGUCUUUAUCAAUAUGCUAUUAAAUAUGAAAUAGUAGAUCCUGAUAAAUUUUCGAUUGUUACUGAGUCUGAAAAAAAUAGGUGGGUCAUGGAAUGUUUCUGUGGUGACUUAGAUAGAUAUAUACGAUUUUAUCAAGGUGGAAUAGAGAGAAAGGAAGAUUUAACUGAUCGGGAUAGAUUGAUCGGUGAAGAGUUAUUACGUCGUAAAAUUCUAAAGGGUGGUUCAAGUACUAGAUAG